UCCGUUUUUUAAUGUGCGAGUGUUUAAAAAAUGUCUUUAAUCGAGCUACACUCCAUAUCAGUAGGUGGCGGUAAUACUACUUAAAGUUUUCUGCCAACCACCAAUAAAACGACGAAGAAGAAGUAGUAGUAGUAGUAGAAGAAGAAAACUUCAAUCCAGUUUAAACGAGUUUAUCAACAAGCUGCUAACUGAAGUAACAAAAACAAUUUAAAGAAAUAAUCGUCAAAUAGGAGGAAGAGAUGGAUGGCCCGCGCAGACUGCUGGAUUUUUCCCGAACCCCCCAGAUAAUUUUACACCGAAUAGAUUGCUUGGAACAUAAAGUUCACAGCCAGGAGAAGAGCUCCUCUCUGGAAAAGGAGGAGUUGGAACCUCUGCAGGUUAACCAAGAUGACAAAGUCAUCUUCCAGGAAGCUGCUGAAUCUGAGAACCAAAAUCAGGAAAGAAGAAAACCUUUCUCAUGCGUCAUCUGUGAAAAGCGUUUUGCUUUCAAAUCUGUUUUUGAUGCUCACAUGAGAACUCAUACUGGUGAAAAACCAUUUUCAUGUGGGACCUGUGGUAAAAGUUUUUGUGAAAAAAGUACUUUAACAGGUCACAUAAAGAUUCACACCGGUGAAAAACCGUUUUCAUGUAUUAACUGUGAAAAAUGUUUUAGAGUAAAAUCUCAAUUAACUCGGCAUCUGAGGAUUCACACAGGUGAAAAGCCGUUUUCAUGCGAGACCUGUGGUAAAUGUUUUCGUCAAAAACAAUAUUUAAGCGGGCACAUGAAGAUUCACACAGGUGAAAAGCCUUUUCUGUGUGCGAUUUGUGAAAAGCGUUUCACUUUAAGAUCUACUCUCAGUGUUCACAUGAGAACUCAUACGGGUGAAAAGCCGUUUUCAUGUGGGACCUGUGGUAAGAGCUUUCCUGAAAGACGGAAUUUAACUCAGCACAUGAGGACUCACACUGGUGAAAAGCCUUUUCUGUGCGUGACUUGUGGACAGGGUUUUUGUAUGAAAACGGCUUUAACUGAUCACAUGAAGAUUCACACUGGUGACAAGCCGUUUUCAUGUGUGUCCUGUGGAAAAUGUUUUCGUCUAAAAUGUUUUUUAACUCAGCACAUGACAAUUCACACCGGGGAAAAGCCUUUUUCGUGUGUGAACUGUGGAAAAUGUUUUCGGCAGAAACUGCAAUUAACUAAGCACAUGACGUUUCACACCGGUGAAAACCCCUUCUCAUGUGGGACCUGUGGAAAAAGUUUUCGUCUAAAACAAUAUUUAACUGAGCACAUGAAGAUUCACACAGGCGUAAAGCCUUUUGAGUGUGCGAUUUGUGAAAAGCGUUUUGUUCACAAAUGUACUCUCAAAGUUCACAUGAGAACUCAUAGGGGUGAAAAGCCGUUUUCAUGUGAGACCUGUGGAAAAUGUUUUUGUGGAAAACAAGUUUUAACUCAGCACAUGAUGAUUCACACAGGUGUAAAGCCUUUUGUGUGUGUGAUCUGUGGGAAGUGUUUUCGUCUAAAACAUCAUAUUAAAGAGCACAUGAGGAGUCACACAGGGGAAAAGCUGUAAAAGUACUUUUCAUGUAUGAGCUGUGUUAAAGUUACUAUAAAAGUAAUUUGGAUAAAAACUAAAGUUAUAGAA